UGGAAACGGAAAAGUCAUAAACAAAAGCCGGAAAAUUAUGAAUUGCAGAAUGUUCGCUCCCGCAAAAUAGAAAUAAAGAAAUAAAGUAGAAAAUGUCCUUUGAGAAAAUCCUUUACAAAUACGAGGAACCGCACGGGAUCGGAGAUGUGUACUUUAUUUGGCAGAAGGCCCUGCUGGCCACAACUGGAACCGAUGGCUCCGUGGCCCUGUACAAUCGGCAGGGACAGCUGGUGCAGCGCAUCAUACUCUCAGGCCUGUGUUCGGGAUUCGCCGGGGACCAAGAGGGCGACCUGCUGGGCAUCAUCACCAGUGGCUCGCCCAACAUCACGCUGUGGGACUACAACAGCCAGGAGAAGAUCAGUGUGGAGACGGGCCUGCGGGAUCCGUUGACCUGCAUCCUGUGGUCCAAGCAGCAGCAACUGCUGGCCGUGGGCACCGGACGCGGGAACCUGGCCAUCUACAACCACAGCAGUGGUAAGCGACCCACUCCGGUGCUCGGGAAGCACAGCAAGCGGAUCACCUGCGGCGCCUGGUCCGCCCAGAAUCUUCUGGCGCUCGGCUCGGAGGACAAGAGCUUCUCGCUGAGCAACGAGGAUGGGGACACGGUGCGCGUCGUCCAGCUGCGAGAUGCCCCCACCGACAUGUACUUCGCCGAAAUGGCCAAUGACGAACGCAUCGCCGGCGACAAUGCCAUCAGCAUGAUCAUCGGCAAGCGCACCCUGUUCCUGUACUAUCUGCCCGAGCCGGAGAACCCCACGGAGCUGGGCUUCCAGAGUCGCUACGGAUCGCUGAUGCAGCACAAGUGGUUCGGCGAUGGCUACAUCCUGUUGGGCUUCUCCAACGGACACGUGGUGGCCAUCUCCACGCAUCCCAAGGACGUGGGCCAGGAACUGUGGCAGGUGAAGAACCACAAGGACACGCUGACCGGACUAGCCUACUGCCCCACCCUGGACAUAGUUGCCUCCUGCGGGGAUGACAGCAUUAAGAUUCACUCGAUUACGAAUCUUCAGGAGACGGAGCGCAUCAUUACCGUGCCAGAUCACGCAGGCGUUCAGAUGAUCGACUGGUCACCAGAUGGUCAACUCCUGGCGGUGACCACGAGCAAUGGCACUGUGUACAUCUAUGUGACCAAGCUGCCGCACCUGUUUGCCGUCUCAGCUCCCCGGAUUGUGCUCUUGAGCAGUCUGGCCGAGGUGACCAUCUAUGUGUAUGCACCGGACAAGAGCAAGUCGCUGCCCUUCCGCUUGCCCCUCGAGGGAGAACCCACCUUCAUGGCCGUGGGUCCGUAUAAUUUUGCAGCGGGAAUUGCUAAGCACGUAUGGUUCUAUGAUCUCGGAAAGAGUCUGGGCGAAGAGCCGCGUCCACUGAGCGAACGCGACUUCCCGCGCGGCGUGGAGAGCAUGAAGCUGAAUGCCGACUACUGUGCUGCCCUCUGCCCGCCUCAGCUGAUCCUUCAGGCCAUCGCCACCGACAAUCCGAACUGCAAGGAUAAGCUGCAGACGGUCUUUCCCACCGCGUUGCCCAACAUGCCCAGUGAUGCGGUGAUCACGUGCUUUGCCCUCAGCCAGGAGCUGCUGAUAUUUGCCACCGAUAUAGGUCACCUCGUGUUCUAUUCGUUGGAGAAAUGGGACAGUUGUACCAUCUACAGACAUAGCAUGGGCAUCAGGCAACUCUUCAUGGACAUAGAAGGCACCAAGGUCAUAUUCAUAGACGACCACUCCCAGGGCUAUGUGUUUUUGCCUGUUGUGGAGGAGUCUCUGCUCAUCCCGGACAUUCCCAAGCAGUGCCUCGGCUGUCUCUGGGAUCUCACGCAACCGAACAUCUUCAUCAGCUACGAUGCGAGGAUCGUGAAUACGCACGCCUUUGUGCGGCACUCUGUGCAAGGAACACACACCCUGAAGGUGGGCGAGUCCAAACUGAAUCCGGGUCAAUUUCCUUUGUUGCUCUGCGGCGGGGAAAUGGCGCUGCAUGUCGAUGGUGGUCAGUAUGCCACCCAGUCGCUCAGUACCCAUGUCGUGAAUCCAAGCAACAGUCAGACGGCGAAUCUUCAGGUCCUCCUGCGGCUGAGGAACUACGAUGAGGCCUACAAGCUGUGCAAGCAGAUGAACCAAAGUAGCGCCUGGCGGGAGUUUGGGGAACAGGCCAUUGCGGAUCUGGAACCGGAAAUUGCCAUUCGAGCCUAUCGUCAGCUGGGCGAUGCUGCUCUGGUGAAUGCCUUGAGUGAGCUGCGCUACAUGGAGGAUCUGGAUAUGCUUAUCGGCUGUUGUUGCAUGCUUUUGGCCCAGUACGAUCAGGCCAAGGAGCACAUGCUGAGGGGAGUUUACACCAGAGCAGCUCUGGAACUCUGUCGAGAUCUGCUGCAGUGGGAUCAGGCGCUGCUCCUGGCUCACAAGAACGAUCCCGAGGAGGUGCCCUACAUCGCUAGGGAGUAUGCCCAGCAGUUGGAGUUCACUGGCAACUAUGCAGAUGCUCUCUAUCACUACGAGAAGGGCUACAAGGAGGAUUUGAUCAACAGCAAGGAGACUGAUACUGCUGCUUUAAUGGAGAGUUCUCCCGAGUUCGAGGAGCAUGUGCGUCUCUGCAAAAUGGGCAUUGCAAGGACCUCGAUCAGGGCAGGAGACUUCAGACGUGGGAUCCAAUAUGCCGUGGAGCUGGAGGACCAGCAGCUCUUGUUUGAUUGCGCAGAGCUACUGGCCACCGUGGGUCAUCUUACCGAGGCAGCCGGACUGUACGAGCGCGGUGGUUUCUAUGAUGAGGCCUGUGGUCACUACAUUGCCCUGAAGAUGUGGAACAAGGCCAACAAUGUCCUGCCCAAGGUGAAGAGCACCAAACUUCAUGCAGCCUAUGCCAAGGCAAAGGAGAACGAUGGCCACUUUGAGGAGGCAAUAAGGAGCUACCGCAUAGCCGGUGACUUGGAUGCCUGCGUUAGGAUCUAUCUGGACCACCUGUGCGAUCCACAUGCUGCCUCUGAAAUCGUUUUGGAGUCACGUUCAAUGGACUCGGCCAAGCUGUUGGCCAAGUUUUACCAAAAAAUUGGCGAUGUGGAGCAGGCCCUUCAGUUUCUAGUCAUCUGCGGCUGCGUGGAGGAGGCCUUCGCCCUCGCCCAACGGCACAACAAGUUGAGGCGUCACGGAGAGCUCCUCGAGCGUUAUGAGAAUGCCAAAUCCUCUGAUUAUCUGGCCCUGGCACAUUACUUUGAGGGCGAAAAGUACACACUACUGGCGGGCAAGUAUUACUUUCUGGCCAGGGAGUUUACCAAGGCGUUGAGGUUUCUGCUCAAGGCCUCGGCCUUUAACAACGAGGAGCAGGUCUCUCUGUCGCUGGCCAUUGACUGCGUGGCCACCUCGAACAACGAGCAGUUGGCCUCCCAGCUUAUCGAGUUUCUGCUGGGCGAAGUGGAUGGAGUACCGAAGGAUCCGCGGUAUCUAUUCCGUUUGUACAUGGCUAGGAAGCACUAUAAGGAUGCGGCCAAGACGGCUGUAAUUAUUGCCAACCAGGAACAGCUCGCUGGAAAUUACAAGUCGGCCAGGGAUCUGCUGUACUCCAUGUACCAGGAACUACGCCGGAAUAAUCUUUCCGUUACGGCUGAGAUGAGACACCAGUUUAUAUUGCUACAUCGCUACACUUUGGUGCGAAUUCACGUAAAGUUGGGAAAUCAUUUACUAGCCGCCAAACUUCUGGUCCAAGUGGCCGCCUGCAUAUCUCAGUUUCCGGAGCAUAUCAUUCCCAUUCUUACCUCCACGGUGAUUGAGUGCCAUCGAGCUGGUCUCAAGAAGUCGGCGUUUACCUAUGCCUCCACUCUGAUGCGUCCUGACUAUCGUAACCAACUGGACUCCCGGUAUGCAAAGAAGAUCGAAUCGAUUGUGCGCAAAGCUCCCAAGGGCAUCAAGCAGUUGAGGGAUGAAAUCGACGACGAGACCAUGGAGUGUCCCAUCUGCGAUUCGAACCUGGCCAACAUGGAGGUGACCUGCUAUAGUUGCAAGACCACACUGCCCAUCUGCAUCGCCACUGGACAGCACAUCAUCAAGCAACUCAUGACCUCGUGUCCUCAAUGCGAUUUUCUUUGCUUCCGCGCGGAAAUGGAGAACAUACUGUCGGAAAAUGGAGAGUGUCCCAUGUGUGGCGAGAAUGUGGCCCCGGAACAGCUUCUGGAUGUUGAGGACAUACGACCUUAUAUUCUGGCAGCUUCCUAAGAUCGAAAUAUUAAUGGACUGAAUAAAACGAAUAGACUGCACAUCACAUCACAACACCAAAAAUAUAUAAAUAUAAGUUGCAAAGCACUAAAUACACU